CGACCCUCCUCCUCCUCCUUCCGCAGGCCUUCGCUGGCGCUGUCCCCAUCUACAUCUCUGCUCCAGGACUACAUCAUGAUACUCAGGCUCUCUAUACUACUACCGCUUCUUCUCGUUGGCCUGGUCUAUACCGCCAAUGCGGAGCAGCAAACACUCUCAGGCUCAGGCGGAGCGCUGUAUCCUCCUGGCCUUGUACCCCUGAUCAGCCGUGCCGACGUUCUUCUCACUGCUGGUCAAUUCAAUGAUGCCGCGAAGACAUAUUCGGAAGCUCUAGAGCAGGCUCCCACCGACUACUUGCUAUACUAUAAACGUGCGACCGCGUACUACUCGCUCGGUCGCCAUCCGGCCGCCCUCGCCGAUUUCGAUCAGGUGCUCUCCCUGACCAACGACACCUUCGACAAGGCGAACCUCAUGAAGGCGCGCAUUUACGCGAAGGAGGGCAAGUUCACCGAAGCGCGGGAUGCGCUGCGGAAGUACUCGACCAAGGUCAAGGGCGACCAGGGUUCCCAGGAAGUGAUGAUGUCGAUCACUGAGGGCGAGUUGGCGACGAAGAAGGUCGCGCAGGCGAUCCGCGCGAAGCUCUGGUCGGCGUGUGUGGAGGCUGCGUCUAUGGCGUUGUCUACUGCGUCACAUUCGGUGAAGCUGAGGCAGCAGCGUGCGGACUGUUCAAUGGCAGCUGGCGACAUUGAGAGCGCUGUCGCGGAUCUUUCCCGGCUAUCGCAACUCUCAACACCAACGACCGCCGUAUGGAUGAAGAUGGCUCGGUUGGGCUACUUCCUCUACCCGUACGAAUCCCCAGAAUCCCACUCUCCGGGCAUGGCCACCCUCAAGCAGUGUCUCCACUACGACCCCGACUCCCGGCAGUGUCUCUCCCUUCACCGUCUCGUCAAGGCGUUCGACAAGAACUUCAAGAACCUCGACAAGCUCAUGCAGUCAGAGAGCUGGCGUAGUGCGGUCAAGCUGCUACUCGGUCCCGACGAGUCGGGUACGGACGGGUUCGCCGCGAAGUUCGACGCGGCGCUCGCCGAGCACACGACGCGCGAGGCACUCGAAGUUCACCCGCAAAUUCCCAUUCCCGACGGUCUCCGUUCUUCCCCACGGAGAGCUGUUAUCCUUCGCUCGAUAUGUCGCUCGUACGUCAAGAUGAACCUGGCGAAGAAGGGUGAGCAGUGGUGCACUGCCCUCCUCGAGAUGCAGGACAUGGAGAACGACACGGACGGUCUCAUUGGUCGCUCGGAGGCCAUGUUGGCGAAGGAAGAGUGGGAGGAGGCGGUGCGGUUGCUGGAGCGUGCGUUCGAAGCAGGUGGCAGGUCAGAUCGCGAGAUCCACCAGCGGUUGCAGAAGGCGCAGAAGCUGUUGAAACUGAGCAAGCAGAAGGACUACUACAAGGUUCUCGGCGUCGCUCGGGACGCGGACACAAAGACGAUCAAGAAGGCAUACCGGAAAGCGGUGAUGACCGCCCACCCAGACAAGGGCGGCAGCGAGGCCAAGAUGGCCACCGUGAACGAGGCGUACGAGGUGCUCAGCAACCCUGAGCUGCGGCAACGGUUCGACAACGGCGACGACCCGAACGAUCCCUCGGCGCAGCAGGGCGGGAACCCCUUCCAGGGCGGCUUCAACGGCGGGUUCAACCAGUUCUUCCAGCACGGCGGCGCGUUCCACUUCCCGAGCGGUGGCUUCCAGUUCCACCACAGCCCACCCGGCCACCACUAGUACUCGUCCGCUGUGCUUUGUCCGCGUCCUUUGUCGCCUCGUACCUUUCUUGUAUCAACCUUUGUCGAUUGCUGUAUGUUGCGCUCCCGACGGACUCUUUGCUUUACACCCGGAUUCGCCUCAACGGCCUGGGCUAGUGUGUAAUAUAGCCCGCAUCGUUCUCACACGCUCGUCGUCCCUCGCCGGGAACAG